UAAACCCACUGAUUAUGUAAAGAUCAGCGCUAAAAUAGAGAAGAGGGAGAAAAAAGCAUGCAUAUUUCAUCGCUCACACUAAAGUCACGUGAUGCGAAAAUAACGUCUGCAAGUAGAAGCCGAAAAAAUAUAUAAGCACGCAACUCCAAAAAUUAUCAACAUCAACAAGUGUUUAUUGGAAAAUUGUGUUUAUCUUCUGUGGGUUCCAGUGGAAGGAGAGGAUAGAAAGAUGCUGCGAAUUAUUUAUUUAUUUAUGUUGGACAUUUACUUUGCAGUAUGCAUGGGAGAAGAUAGUGUGUCUCGCUGUGCUGUGACGAUCUGUAACCGUGGGAAAGAGGACCUGUCUCCAUUACAUUGCCAGUCAGGGUCAAUCCUGAUUACCGAGGUCAAGGACACCAUCAAAGAUGAACCAAACGCUCUUGCGUUUCAGAACCUGCGGCGCAUGUGCAUGGGCAAAUCAGACUGCCCCACGACCAAGUUCUGCGGACAACGUGGCGUUAGUCUGCACGUGGUCUACCACUGCAUAGAAGAUUCCAACAUCACAUGUGAGGAAGAAGAGCACACAACUAAUGCUACCCAGGGGGUGAUUAAAAACCUCGCCUACCCCUCGACCGACAGGUCAGAGUGCACAGUCAGGGUCAAAGUCCCAGAUGAUGCCUACAUCAACGUCAUCAUUCACGACAUGGAGCGGAUGGCUUCCGGUGAAAAGUGUGAUGGUGGUCUGCGCUUGCGCACAGCUCUGUUUUGUAAUUUUGAUGAAACUUUCCCGCGGAAAACUGUCUGCAGUUUUAGCGGAAACAUGACGGUUUUUCAAGCGUGCGGUGAUGUGGAAAUCUACAUGACUCCAAGCAAAGAGGGAUUCCGGUUUUACAUUUCAUAUAUAGUGACACCAAAAGGUGAAAUGCCUCGUGACAACUACUUGGACCCGAUUUCCAAUCAGUGUCCUCCAGGCGCUUCAAUAGACAAGGAGGUGGAGACUUUUCCUAUAGAGUCCUAUCCGGAAUCCGCCAGGGACAAACACAAUGAGCCAAGAAUGAACGAAACCAAGACCUUGGUGACUGUUCUGAAUGGGGACGCGACCUCGUCCGUGGACGUCACAGAAAGAGCAGUAUUCUAUGUGGCGCUCAUCGUGGCGGCUCUCAGUCUGACAGGCCUUAUUGUGGUCACCGCAGUAUGUAUUAGGAGACAGCGCCAAUUAAAGUAUGGCGGCAGCAUUGACAUCGCUUCGCUACUGAGUGGACGUUCUUCGUCGCUGGAAGUCUCAGCGCUUCGCCCACUUCCGCUUACGUCAUCAACUACAGCCUCACGACGUCAUAGUUAUCCAGCCAAUAGUCACGCUCGUCUGGAAGAUGGAUACAGCAUCGUAGCAGACGAGAUUCCUUACACAGCGCCCUCUGACGAGCUGAGGUCGCCCGCUUAUGCGGAAGUGGAAGACAAUUUAAUAACAAAUGACGUAGCUUCAACAUCCGAUAGAACGUCCGAAAGGUUUCCGUUCGGUUUUCCCGGUACCAAUCUUUUAUCCACUGAAAGAAAAUCGGUGGAGAACCUUUAUUCUGAUAUGAACGAUAAAAACGUUUACCAUGAAAUAACAGACGACUUAAUAAGAACUGAGAACGUGUAUGUUCCUAGCCAGCUCCCAUCCACGACAUUAUCAAUAUUCACAGGGAAAAAGAACUUGAAUAAAAGUAAGAAUAAAACACUACAGUCUAUAGGCAAACAGGACUCUGAGGAGACGUACAUACUGUGUCAGACACCAGAUAGAGACAGUAGAUCUCCGUCACCGGAGUCCAAAAAAUCAGAUACGGACGGAAGUCUGCUAUCUGACGACAAUGACGGCUACGGGAUAUAUCAGUCGGUGGAUGUGUGAUGUCACAAAGAGAGAGAGAGAGAGAGAGAGAGAGAGAGAGAGAGAGAGAG